AUGGUGCUGUACCGGCCGCCCAAGCGUGCUCGCGUGGUGGAGCGCUUCAGCCUGGAGAGAUUUGGGAGCGGCGGCUACCCGGCGGAUUUCUCAGGGCCAUUCCGGAGCAACGUCCGCGCCUUCUUGAAUGAGUUUGGGCAGAUGAUGGCGGCGCCGAUGCCCGGCGUCCAGCGCUGGUGCGUCCCCUUGGUGUCGCAGCGCGGCGCCGAGCAAUCGCUGCUGGUGCUCGAGGAAUUGCCGUUCGAGUCGGGCGCUCUCGGCUGCUCCCACUGCCGCAUUAUCGGCUGGAGCCAUCACCCGGUUUGCGGUGCGCGGUACCAUUUCAUUCUCCACGCUCCUGGAAAGCUGGAAGCUUUGGGAAACACGUCCCAUCUCCUCCACGGGAUCAUACACUCGAAUGGCUACGGGCAUCUCUUGAGAGUCAAUGGCUUCGAGGGAGGAUCCUCGUCUCUCUCCGGCCGUGAGAUCAUGAACUUGUGGGAUCGCUUGUGCACCAUGAUGCGAGCAAGGAAAGUUAGUGUUCUUGAUGCUUCCAAGAAGUUUGGAACCAGCUUUCGAUUGCUUCAUGCUGUUGCAAAGGGUCAGCCCUGGUAUGGUUUGUGGGGCUAUCAGUUUGGGAGGGGAAGCUUUGGCAUAACAGAUGCUGCGUACAAGAAAGCCGUCAACCAGAUUGCGAGCACUCCGCUCAGCUUUUUCCUGGAUUUGGGAGACGAAAGGCUGCGCCGCAUCGCUACUUAUUAUCGGAACGGUCGGACUGGGAACUUGCAAGAGCUCGUGAGCCAUUUCAUGGAGCUUCUUCACGCACUCAGCAGCAAGGCGACGGGCUCCAAAGCUACUGUGCCCGCUGGAGUGAAUGCUCCUCCGGCUCCGGCUCCGGCUCCAAACCGUAACUCCCAGCGCUGGUCGGCCAAGAGACUGGACAAAACACUGGACGUUCUCCUGACUGCGCUGCGGCAAUUCGGCUUGAACGAGUGGAUGCCGAGGAUCAAGCUGCGAGAGCAAGCUCGACUGCACAUUGGCGAUACGGGCUUGCUUGAUCACAGCCUGUGCAGCUUCGUCGGAAAGAUUGUGGGUGAUCUGGUCGUGCAAAGACGGCGUGACGAGCAGUUUCGGCAGCUCGAGUACAGGUUGGCCAGGAUUGAGUCGCCAGAGAUCCAAGACAAAAAGGAAGAGGCAGACGCGCCAGAGUUUUCCAAAGUUCUGGAUGAUCUAAGGUACUUAUACAGCAAAGUUCUUGCGGGUGGUCUUCUUCCCGAGGACGAUCCUCUGGCACAAGCGAGCAGGACAGUCCUGGACACGAAGCACUUCAUAAAGGACUACAAUGGAAACUCCGAGACAGAUCCAUGCGACGAGCCAGGAGCGGAGGUAUUCAGAGUCCAGUGCCGGAUGGAAUCGGUGGAGCAAGGUGGCGAUCAGGGAGGAGCUCCCAGCGAGCUGGUGGUGCUGCCGGCGAGCGCUACGGUGGGAGAUCUCAAGCGAGAGGCGGCCAAGGCGUUCAGGGACGUGUACCCGAGCUUGGGCCAGCUGCGCGUGACGAGCAUCCCGGUCCUGGAGGGCGAGGCGGACGAGAGGCCGCUCAAGCUGGUGAAGAUCCAAAGGACGGCGGAGGUGGCGAUCAGGGCGACCGGGAUCGACAACAGGUUCUCGGCGGGGAGGUUUGAGAAGGGAGUGGACGACUGGGUGGUGAAUUGCCGGUGUGGAGCUCGAGACGACGAUGGCGAGCGCAUGGCGGCGUGCGAUUCCUGCGGCGUGUGGAGCCACACGAGGUGUGCGCACAUCAGGGAUGGCGAUGAUGUUCCAGAGCAGUUUUUCUGUGGCGGCUGUACAUAACUUUUCUUUCUUCCUUCGUUAUCCCCUUAUAUCUCAUUUGAGAAGAUUUAGGGUU